AAAAAAAAAAUUGGAACUGAACGGAGCUGAGGCCGGCUGCAUCGCAACCGGCGCGGCGUGGUCGCGGCGGCCGCCGCGGUGCAUUGAAAUCAUCCCUCCGGCAAAUCCAUGAGUUCAGAGGUAUCUUACGGAUCCCCAAAGGCUGCCUCCGCUUACGGUCCAAGCUGCCCUGUAAAUGCUGAGGCAGGUGGCUGCGGCGGCGCGUCGAGAGCGCGCGUUGCGCAGACACAGGAGGGCGCAUAGAAGGCAUCUACUCCUACCAGCUACAGGGGGCGUCUACAGCUCGCCGAACAGCGACGCGGCGCUCGCAGAUUCCGGUGGCGUGGCGUCACCAUUACAAAGCAGGUCACAGGGUCACAUCUCAUUCUGAAACUGAGCACAACAUUCCCUGACCCUUUCUUUCCAGUUUCUUUCUUUUACUGUUCGUCUUGAGCAACAAGAACUGCAGUAAUUCUGGAUGCCAUACGCGGAUUCGCAUCCACCUCCGCGCUGCUACCCUUCCGGGCACGAGCGCCGCUCUAUUCAGCAGUACCAAAAGAGCGGCCGUGAUGGCCGCGCAAGCCAAGAGCCAGGCAUGCAAUCGGCUUCAGGUUCCUCCGUCAGGAAUGGUGGUGGCCGACCGCCACCACUGGAGAUGCUGCUCCAGAGGCCCAGUCAUUGCUUCCUCCCCAGUCACCCUUUUGCCUGCCUGCACAUUGUCCAAAAUGUGAAUGUGCUUCUCAAUCUGUAGAUCAAAUUUCAUUUGAUUUAUUCCUCCAGUGUGGAUGUAAUCACUGCAGAGGAUAAUACAUGCAAACCUAGAACCUGAAACUGUUGAUGGACUAUUUUGGACUUACGUCAUGGAGCGAUGACGAAUUAAGGCAAUUGCACCAACUACCGGGAAGGUUGGCAAUUCCAAGACUUUUCUACUCAGGUAUUAGUAAUGGUGAUGCUUGUACUAAAACUCUAUUUUCUGAUUGCUCAAGGUGUCCCUUUCUGACACAAUUUGUAUUUGUUCUUUUCCGCGAUUAAUUAUUUGCUAGGCUUUGUCUUUUAGAACAAUAAGUUAUGGGACACGAUUUGUCUUUUCUAUUGUAUACAUUUGCUAUCUUGCUUUCGGACAUCAGCUUUUAAUGUACAAAUAUUUGUUGCUCAGAAUGAUCAGUAAUUUGAUAGUUCAAUUCCAAAACAUCAAUUCAGUAUUUUUUGGCAUGCGGAAAGCAAGAUCUGCUAUACUGUAAUACUUGCAGAUUCUCUCAUAGUUUUGCCCCUUGAUGUUAAGGAAUGCUUGCUUUAGUGUGAUUGCUUGUCGUAGUGCCCAAAUUGCAGCCAGCAGGAAGUAGGUGAGUGACUGACUUUGUGAUGGUAGUUGUUAUCUUGGGGGGCCUGCAAUAGCAAUUGUAUAAAAUAGGGCAGAAGUGCAGAAUCUUUGAUUGAUCAUGUUGUUCUAUCAGUCUAUCACCCUUUUGAUUUUGAAUGUCCAUCUGCUUAUCUAUAGUUUUAUAUCCCUCUUGUUUGUGAUCGAUGCAAGGCUAACAGUAAUCAAGAGAGAGAAGACAAACUUAGUACCAUUUCAGAUAGAGGCUUUGUAGGCUGGAGAGGAGACCCAUCUAAGAAGAUAUGUUAUUGGAGUCAGAGCAUUAUGCCUCAUAUGCUCCAAGUCUCAGUAUGCUGAGCUCCUUUUGUUUAUAUCUACCUUUCCCAAAUAUGUGUAUAGUCAUGAAAAAGUAUCCAUCGCCUUACCAGAAAGCUAUACUGGAACUGAGUCCAUGGCAUCACCAUGAACUAAGGUAACUCUAAGCAGGGGCGGAUCCAGCACCGGGUCUAGGGGGGCUCCAGCCUCCCUAGACCCGAAAAAACAAUGGAGCCCCCCCUUGAGCCCCCCUCCAUUUUUAAGAAGAAAGAAGGAGGAAGAAGGGGAGGAAGAAGAAAGGGAAGGGGAGGAAGGAGAAAUCAGCCCCUCCUUUAAUCGUUCCUGGAUCCGCCACUUGCUCUAAGUCUGUAACAAGGAACUCAUUUAUGCUGGCUUAGUGUUGGGAGAAGAGUUUAUGCAGUUUAUUUGUUCUGGCUUUAUUUCAGGGCUUCUCUGCUCAGGUUUCCAUUUCUUCUAAACAAUGUGAUAUGGGGCUCUUCUGAUUCCAAUAUACCUACAUAUCCUGCCUCUUUCAGACGGAUGCAUUGGGCAGACAGUAAUCAAGAGGGACAAGAGUACCAUGGCGAUUGGAGGUUUUGUGGACUGGAGAGGAAACCCCAUCAAGAGAGAGGUGCACGGAGGGGUCAGGGCAGCAUGGUAUAUGUACUUCCUGACAGUUGUAACAAACAUGGUGAAUGUCCCAAUUUUGCUGAAUUUGGUCACCUAUCUCCGAGGAACAAUGCAUAUGGGAGUAUCGAGCUCAGCGACCACAAUCACUAAUUUUGUUGGUGCCACAUCUGGAUUUUCUUUGAUAGGAGCUUUCCUCUCAGACUCUUACAUCUCUCGUUCUAAAACUAUACUUCUAUUUGGUCCAUUGGAGUUUCUGGGCUAUGGAUUGCUUGCACUGCAAGCCCAUGUUCCAUCACUCCAUCCACCACCUUGCAACAUUGAAGCUGAACUCAGUAACUGCAAAGAGGUCCGUGGUUGGGAUGCUACACUAUUUUAUACAGCCUUGUAUGUCAGUGCAUUUGGUGAAGGUUGCAUGCGUGCUUGCGUGCCAUCCCUCGGAGCAGAUCAGUUUGAUCAUGAAGACCCCUCUGAGUCCCGGCAACAGUCCAGCUUCUUUAACUGGUUCACCUUUGGGAUCUCCUUUGGAGGUUUUCUAGGGCUAAUUUUCAUGGUGUGGCUCGAGAACUACAAGGGGUGGGACAUAGGACUUGGCUUGUCGUCCAUCCUAAUUCUGCUUGGGUUGCUUGUGGUCGCGGCUGGCCUCCCUUUCUACCGCAACCAAGUACUUGAAGGAAGCCCUCUAACUCGAAUCCUGCAGGUUCUUGUGGUUGCAUUCAGAAACAGGAGGUUUGAACUGCAUGAGGAGCUGGAAGAAGCACAGGAAAGCUGUGAUGAGCGAGGCUCUACCAAAGUACUCCCCCAAACAAAUAGCCUCAAAUUCCUCGAUAAAGCCUGCAUUAACCAUGGCAAAGAAGGAGCCUGGUCACUCUGCAGUAUGACGAAGGUGGAAGAGACCAAGAUUGUGCUCCGUAUGCUUCCUCUGUUCGUCAGCUCCAUGAUUGGAUAUGUACCGCAAUUUAUCAUCUUCACGUUCACCGUGCAGCAAGGUGGCAUGACAAACACAAGGCUGGGCAAGAUCCAUGUUUCCCCCGCAACACUCUUCAUCAUUCCCAUCACAUUCCAAAUGGUAAUGCUCGCCAUCUAUGACCGGUUCAUAGUGUCAUUCUUGCGCAGGCGCACAGGCUAUUCCAAUGGCAUCACUCAUUUGCAGCGCAUUGGGAUAGGCUUUGCCUCCAUGAUACUUGCAUCCAUAAUCGCAGCACUUGUUGAGAGAAAGAGAAAGGAAGCUGAAGUGCAGAUGUCCCUGUUCUGGCUUGCGCCUCAGUUCUUCCUGCUGGGCGUGUCGGAUGUCACGUCGUUUACUGGGCUCCUGGAGUUCUUCAACAGUGAGGCGCCUAGGGGCAUGAAGUCCAUCGCAACAGCAUUAUUCUGGUGUGAGAUAGGUCUUGCAUCGUUGCUGGCCACCUUCCUGGUGCAAGCGGUGAACAGAGCCACGAGGCAUGGGCACAAGGGAGGGUGGCUCGAGGGAACGAGCUUGAACAACAGCCAUCUUGACCUGUUCUACUGGGUUGUGGCUGUUGUUGGAUUACUUGGAUUCGUUAACUACAUGUAUUGGGCAAAGAAGUAUGUCUACCAUCAGGAUCCACGCAUCAUCGUUGAGCCAUCUGUUGAUCAAGAUUCACCUUAAACUGCUGCACUACAGAAAGAUGAAGUGCCAGUCUGGUUACCUGUUCCACUUCUGAGCUGUAAAGCAGUGUCUCAAUCCUGUACCAUAUCACAUAUUGAUGCAGUGAUGUCUGAUUGUAUUUAUAUUUUUUAGUUGGAUUUCAUCCUCGAUUAUGACGUUGUUGUUUAAAAAGGCAAUCGCCUCUGUUUGUAAUAGAUAAAUGUAACUGGGUGUUUCUCCAUGGCAAAGUUUCCAAUAGAUAAAUGAAAAAAUAUGCCAGAUCUGUAUAGCCCUGUCAGCUUGGCUAUGUAUGUAUCGUCACUGGCAAUGGUUCACCAUGAAA